GUGGGGGGUAUAACUAAGUACUUUACUAGGAAACAAUUAAGCUAAAAAAUCACCUAUUAUUGUUAUUGUUAUUAUUAUUAUUAUAACUUUAACUUCUAAAAAUGUCUUGGUAGAUGUUUUAACCGAGUUUGACAACAGAGUGCGUUUGUCGCGAUGGCAACAGUGACAGCAGCAGCUUAGCUAACGUUCGGCUAGCUGUUAGCUGCUAGUAGCUGCUAGCCGCUACUAGCCGCUACUCCCGUUCACUUCCAUUUUAACACAUUAGCAUUUGACAGCUAGCACUGUGUUAGCAUUGUGUUAGCAUUAUGUUAGCAUCAGAUUCAAACAAGUGGUUCUCGCUGGAAGAUAAUGUCAAUAUGAAGUUAUAUAUAUAUAGUGGAGUUAACUUCUUUUAAAGCAAAGCGCCACUUUCAUUGAAGGUUAUUAAAGUUAACCUAGAAGCAGUGAUAGUUUAUAAACGCUUUAUUUUAGUUGUUUUUCCUUCUUAUUAAAGAGACUUAGCUUAGCUUAGCUUCGUUAGCUCAGUUCAGCAAAGUUGACUGAUUUAACAACAUUUUACAGCCUUAUUAGUGAUGUGUGCGCGAUAUGUAUUUUAAUCUCUGAUGGAUUCACUGAGAUAUUUUGAACAAUAAGACUGCCACCACACAAGCAAGCAAAGUCUUCCACUUUUCUUUUUUUUGCUUUCCUCCUUCCUCCUCCUCUUCCUCCUUCCUUCUUCAAAGUUAGCUGAAGUUGUUUAAAAAAAAAAAACUGCAGCCCGCACCAUGUCCGGCUCCCCAGGCACAGGUGGCUCAAACCCCAGGAAGUUCAGCGAGAAGAUAGCUCUGCACAACCAGAAGCAAGCAGAGGAGACACGGGCCUUUGAACAGCUGAUGACAGAUCUCACUGUGUCAAGGGUGCAGUUUCAGAAGAUCCAGCAGCUUCGUGAGUCUCAGUCUCGAGCUCCGUACUACGGCGGCUCUCUGCCCAACGUCAACGCGAUCGGCAACGCCAGCGUUGAAUUUCAGGGUGGCUUCCCUUCAGGGUUGGACUCCGUCAGAGGAACCCGCCACCAUGGACUGGUCGAGAGGGUCCACAGAGACCGCAACCGCAUCAACUCUCCCCAUCGCCGACCCAUCGACAAGCACGGACGGCAGAUGGAGAGCUCUCCGUAUGGAACGGUGUACCUGUCUCCACCUCCGGACAACAACUGGAGAAGGGAACAGCAGCCAUGGACUGAGGAAAAACGGCCGGGGUUUAGAUUAAUAUCACAACUCAACAGUUUUGUGUUUGUGUUUCAGGUCCAGACUCUGGCAUCAAGGCCUAAAUCCUGUGAAGUGCCUGGAAUCAACAUAUUCCCGUCUCCGGAGCAGAACCCCAGUCUGUCUCACUACCAGAGCUCGUUAAAUACCGGCGGCUCACUGCCCGACCUCAGCAACCUGCACUUCCCCUCCCCCCUCUCCACACCGCUGGACCCAGAGGACAACGGAGGGUACCCCAAUCUCAGCGGGGGCAGCAGCACCGGGAACCUGCCGGCCGCCAUGAUGCACCUCGGCAUCGGAAACUCACAGGGUCUCUCCUCCUCUCUGAGCAACCCUUCAAUCCAGGCGUCCCUUAAUAACUGCCAACUGCAGUCAUCGCUCAGCAAUCCCUCCAUCAACUCGUCCCUGCGCAUGUCCAGUAACUCUCCACGGAGACGGCCAGCUCCCAUCAGCCCCCUCACCUUGUCUCCCGGUGCCGAGCAGCGUAGAGGUCUGGCCAAGCAGCUGUCUCCCACCAUGUCCCCCUCGCUGUCCCCCAUCACACAGGGAGUUGCUUUGGAUACCAGCAACAUGCCAAGGGAGCCGCCCCCGCCCUAUCCGCUCUACCAACAGUCCCAGCAUGCAGUGGACCAGGGCCGACAGUGCCAGCAGCACCACCAGCAGCACCAGCAGCACCACCAGCAGCAGCAGCAGCAGCAGCAGCAGCCGGUUUCUCCUCUUCAGAGCAUCCAGCUGGACUUCAACGCCAGCCAACACAACAACAUGGCGACGCUCUUCAACGACCCUUUCAUGGAGCAACAGUUCUCCAAUCGUCAGAGCAAGGCCCAGGCCUAUCAGUUGGACCAGUUCAGCCUGUUGGAAAACGCGAUGAGCUCAACGGCGGGGGGUUCUUGCUUCGACCCUUCCUCCUCUUCUCUCUACUACUCCCAGGCGGCUCUGGCUGGGCUGGGUGGUAGCCACGGAAACCUGCAGGACCCCAUGCACAUGAGGUCCAACAUGUUGUACUCCAACUGCAGCGGAGGACUGCCCAACAUCAUACUCACCGAUGACUCCAACCCCAGUCUGUCAAAGGACAUCAGCAGCGCCCUCUCGACGGUGCCUGAAUGUUUUGACUCGGAGGGAGGCUUCCCGCUGGAGGACGAGCUACGCAUCGAGCCUCUCAGCCUGGACGGUCUGAGCAUGCUCAGCGAUCCCGACAUGGUGCUGCCGGACCCGUCGGUGGAGGAUAGUUUCCGUAGUGACAGACUCUGAGCCUGACGAGCGUCACUGGAAACAAGAAAGAAAGAGACUUUUUUUUUUUUUUUUUUUUUUGUGGUUCGUUUUUUGUUGGGUUUUUUUUUCUUUCUCCUUCACACACACACACACACACACACACA